AUGCUAUUCUGGAAGCUUUUUUUGCUUUCUGUAUGGUUCAUGAUAGUUGGGGCUGAAAAAUAUGCCGAAUCAUUGAAUUUGAAGCCUUUGCCACGGAAUAGUUUGUUAGCUACAUUUCAAUUUGAUGUCGAAUCAUUGCCAACAAAGUUAGGCUAUUACAAUGAAACCAUAGAAAUCGGUGAUAGAUCCAUAUCUGAUGGAACCCAUUAUAAUUACUUUCCAAGAUCGUUAGGGCCAAUAAUUGAGUCUACAAACACAAGAGAAUUACAUUUAAGAUUCACACAGGGCUGGUGGGAUUCUGAGUUAUGGGGACGCUUGCCCUUGAACGGUUUAAAGAGUGGUGGAACUGGAGUUGAGGUUUCAGCGGUUAUAGAAGCUCCCAAUCUAGAAUCGGCUAAAAAAGACUGGAAUAAGUUAUCGAAUUCUUUGUCGGGUUUUUUCUGUGCAUCUCUUAAUUUUAUUGAUGAUACCAUCACAACUACACCAAAGCAUCAUUCUAAUAAUAACGGCCAUUUCAUACUGAAUUCUAAUAAUAACUUAUAUUUUUUAAGAGCUGCUCUUCCUAGUGAGCCAAUCUGCACCGAGAAUUUAACUCCAUUUUUGAAAUUAUUGCCUACUAGAGGAAAGGCAGGUAUUUCGUCAUUGUUAGAGGGCCACAGGGUAUUUGACUCUUUGUGGCAUGGAAUGUCUAUUGAUGUCAUUACGGAAUGUGAUGAAGUUGAUUCAACUUGUCAUUUGUCAAUGAGUCAAAGUGUGAAUUCUGUUAUUGAUAUCAUGAGAUCGAUUCGUAAGAAGAAGGAAGGAAUCCCAAGGCCAACUCCUGGCGAUGAAUUGCGUUGCGAUGAUUCGAAAGUAUUCAACAUUUGGCAAUGCUUUCCGCUUGGUGAUCCAACUAAUGUCACCUGGGAUUUGGAAACUGUCUUCGGUAGAACUAUUAAUGGGCCGGCUUUGAUUGGCGACUCUAAGACAACAUCGAUUAAUAUUGAAAUUGACUCAAACUUUUGGGAAACAGACGUGAUUAAGUCAUCUGAUGAAUCGUCCGAUGUAUCUGCUUUAUCUAUGUCACCAGAUUCCAAAUCCAUUGAGUACUUUGUUGAUGAACCUUUCAAAUACAAUUUCAAAUUUACUUCUAGCGAUAGUCGAAAGACCGCUCCUAUAGAAACCCCACCUUUGCAUGUAUAUCGUUCAUUAACAGGAUAUUCACAAGACCAAGGUGGAUUUCGCGUAGUUUUAUCCAACCCAUCGCCUAGUGAAUCCAUUGAUUUUAUUUAUUUUGAAACUUUGCCUUGGUACAUGAGAUUGUAUUUAAAUACCUUGACCAUGACAGUCAAGGAUGAGACUGGAUUCAAUGAAAUUGAUACAGAGCAAUCAAACUAUAUAAAAAACCGCUAUUAUAAACCAGCCAUUGAUAGAACAAGGCCAUCACACUUGGAAUUUUCAGUCUCCUUACCAGCAAAUACAACUAUGACUCUAACAUAUCAAUUUGAUAAAUCGUUAUUAUUAUACGCAGAAUACCCACCGGAUGCAAAUCAUGGAUUCGCUAUUGAUCCGGCCGUUAUCAGCGUAUUAGAUGAAGCAAAGAAUAGCGUCUAUGAGAUGCGGACUACAAGUUUAUUGUUAUAUUUACCAACUCCUGAUUUUUCAAUGCCAUAUAAUGUCAUUAUUUUGACUUGUACGGUAAUGUCCUUAGCUUUCGGAUCUAUAUUUAACUUAUUGACCAAGCAAGUUAUUACCGAACAAGAAUUUGAGAAAAUUGCUGCAAAUGGGAAGAUAAGUAUUAUUAUUAACCAUAUAAGAGAUAAAAUAAAGACAAUAAAAACGCGCCACUGA